AUGCGUAGAAGCCUUUCCCCCCUCGUGCGACUCCCCGCGAACGCUGCGAGACACCGGGCUCUCACCGGACGAGAGCUUCGACAGGGACUCUGCACACUACCAGCGCGGACACACCCCGCGCUCGCCUCUCGGGGUCGGAUAAGCCCGAUACCCCAAACUCCUGCACACAAUAGGACUUGUGUUAGGCAAACAAGCAGUGCCGCUACGGCCACGGUUCAGAAUGUGAACAAUGAUGACAUAGGACCAAUUCAAGAAUAUGAAGCGAGAGUUGCCCAGGGUACGCUUCGAAAUGAUGACCAUCAGCGAGGUAUAAUACAAAGUUUGCAACACCUCCACGACGAACUCGUGAACUAUACCGCGCCGGAAGUCCAACGUCCGACUAUCGAGUCUCUCAAGCCUGCGAAAUCCUUCUUUGGUGGUCUCUUCAAGAGCGGGCCGGGCCAGGCCGCUAUCGGUGCCAUCCCCGCCAACCUACCCCGCGGCUUAUACCUAUACGGAGAUGUAGGCAGCGGGAAGACCAUGCUUAUGGACCUGUUCUAUGACACGCUGCCGAGUUCGAUCGGGUCGAAAACGCGGAUUCACUUUCACAAUUUUAUGCAGGAUGUCCACAGGAGAUCACACAAGUUAAAGUCGCAGCAUGGAAUCGACAUUGACACUAUCCCCUUUAUUGCUGCUGAUAUUGCGCAGCAGGGGAGUGUGCUCUGCUUUGAUGAGUUCCAAUGCACUGAUGUUGCAGAUGCUAUGAUUUUGAGAAGACUUCUUGAGGCCCUGAUGUCUCAUGGUGUGGUUUUAGUCACAACCUCAAACCGACACCCCGAUGAGCUUUACAAGAACGGAAUUCAGCGUGAAUCAUUCAUCCCUGCCAUCAAUCUCCUCAAAAAUCGCCUCCAUGUAAUAAACCUCGAUUCGACCACGGAUUACCGCAAGAUUCCCCGCCCACCCUCCGGCGUCUACCACACCCCGCUCGACGCCCACGCCGCAUCCCACGCCGAAAAGUGGUUCCGCUUCCUAGGCGACCCUGAAUCGCCCGAGCCGCACCCAGAAGUGCAGACAGUAUGGGGACGAAAGAUUUACAUCCCCCGUGUCAGCGGAACCUGCGCGUGGUUCACCUUUGACGAGCUGAUAAGACAGCCGACGUCGGCGGCCGAUUACCUCGAACUUAUGCGCAGCUACGACGCCUUUAUCGUUACCGACGUGCCGGGCAUGACUUUCAAGGAGCGGGACCUGGCGCGGCGAUUCAUCACUUUUAUUGACGCCGUGUACGAGAGGCAGGCCAAGCUCGUCCUGACCACCGAGAAGCCCCUGACGGAACUUUUCGUGUCGCGUGACGAGCUGGCGGCGUCGCUCAAGGACGAGGGGAACGGCCAGCGCGAGAGCGCGGAUUCGAUGAUUGGCCACUUUAUCGAGGACCUAGGGCACAACGUCGAGCAGUUGAAGAAUUCUCCGCUGUUUACGGGUGAGGAGGAGGCUUUUGCUUUUGCUCGUGCGCUGUCCCGACUUAGUGAGAUGGGGAGUAGGCAGUGGGUUGAGAGGGGUAUGGGUCUUGAGAGUCAAGGUGGUAAGAAGGAGAGGGAUGACUGGACUAAGAUGCGAAGCCGACGCAUGGAGGAUAGUAUGUGA